AUGAACUCCUCAGAUGAUGAUGUGCCCCUUGUUGGCAAGCGAAAAUCUAACGGACACUCCAAGGCAACAUUUGCGCUCUCAGAUGAGCUGAUUUCGAAGUCCACUGAUCCGUCUGUUAGCGCAUCCCCGAAGGUGAAUGGAUACGCGAACCCCGGAUUGACCAUUCGCCAUGGGCCAGUCGACCCCCAGGAUGCCGAGAUGCAUGACGCCGAAGUGAAUGGGGCAGGCCUAAGCAAGCGAAAAUCAAGAGGAAGCGAUAUGAUCCGGAAGUCGUAUGCGGAACCUGAGAGCAGUGAGGAGGAUAAGCCAUUGAGCAAGCGCCGCCGCGUCUCAGCGCAGCAGAAAAUGGAUGACUCCGACCCUGACGACGCCCCUAUCAUAUCUAAGCUGGCUAAAGGGAAAGCAAAAGCAGUCACCGUAUCACAGUCUGCCACGGAUGGUUCCCUUGGGAAAGAUCUAAUGGCGGAGAAGAGUAGGAUAGAAGAGCGGGCCGGGAAGGAAGCGAAAGCUAUUCGCAAACAAGAAAGCGCUGAAAUUGCAGCAAAGAAAAAGACUCCAGCCAAGGCUACUACUACGGACAAACGUGGAAAGGGCAGGAAAGCUCUUGUAAAUGGCAUUAAGAUAUCGGAGUCCAGCGAUGAAGAUAUUCCGCUGGCCCGAAAAGUGCCUGCCAAGAAGACAUCAAAAGCUGUAAAAGCUGAGCCUGCAGAUACAAAGAAAACGAAAGCCAAGGCUGCAGUGAAAAAUGAGUCGAGCGAAGAACUCGAGGCGGAAGAUGCAGAGGAGGAAUAUCGCUGGUGGGAAGAUCCCGCCAAAGGCGAUGGCACUAUCAAAUGGACAACUUUGGAACAUAAUGGUGUCAUAUUCCCUCCUCCAUACGAGCCACUCCCUAAACAUGUCAAGAUGAAAUACGACGGCAUUCCAAUCACACUCGCCCCCGAAGCUGAAGAAGUCGCUGGAUUUUUCGGCUCCAUGCUUAACUCCACCCACAAUGUUGAGAACCCAACAUUCCAGAAAAACUUCUUCACUGACUUCACUGCCUACAUUAAGAAUUCUGGCGGUGCAAAGGACCCGAAUGGAAACCCAGUAGCCGUCAAGUCAUUUGAGAAGUGUGAUUUUAAACCAAUCUUCGAGUACUAUGAGGCAGCACGUUUGGAGAAAAAGAGCCUCCCGUCUGCGGAGAAGAAACGACUCAAGGCCGAAAAAGAUGAACUUGAAGCUCCAUACAUGUAUUGUAUGUGGGACGGAAGGAAGCAGAAAGUUGGCAAUUUCCGCGUUGAGCCUCCCGCUCUAUUUCGCGGCCGUGGCGAACAUCCAAAAACUGGUAAAGUGAAGACUAGGGUCAUGCCAGAGCAAAUCACCAUCAACAUUGGCAAAGAGGCCAAAGUCCCGGUACCUCCUCCCGGUCACAAAUGGAAGGAAAUUAAACACGAUCAGGAGGGGACUUGGUUAGCUAUGUGGCAGGAAAAUGUCAACGGCAACUACAAAUAUGUCAUGCUUGCUGCUAAUUCAGAUAUCAAAGGACUGAGUGAUUACAAGAAGUUUGAAAAGGCUAGGGAACUCAAGAAACACAUUGAUCGGAUCCGUAAAGAUUACAAGAAAGGCCUGAAACACGAACUCAUGUCGGAGCGGCAGAAAGCCACUGCCGUCUACCUUAUUGAUCAGUUCGCUCUUCGUGCUGGAAACGAAAAAGGCGAAGACGAGGCCGACACAGUUGGAUGCUGCUCGCUUAAAUUCGAGCAUGUCACCCUUAAGCCUCCAAAUACGGUUAUUUUCGACUUUUUGGGUAAAGAUAGCAUUCGGUUCUAUGACGAGGUGGAAGUGGACCCGCAGGUCUUCAAAAACCUCAAGAUCUUUAAGAAGCCGCCCAAGAGGGAAGGCGAUGAAAUAUUUGACCGCCUCACCACAUCGUCUGGUUGGGACAACCGGGACUCCCCGCCACAGUUGAUCACAUAG